AUGGCUCAAAUUCCCGUAGACCAUGUGGACAUACUCGCAGAUACGGCUGACGACUUGCACAUAUAUGACGAGGUGAUCGAUCUUGAUCGGCUUUUACGCUCGAUGAACCAGCCAGCUAACCUCGCUAGGAGCAUGAAGAGGCGAUAUCUGGAUUUCUUCGACGACAAAGAGACACUGUCAGAGCAUGGCCACAGACUCUAUGUGGAGGCCCAGAAAACAGAAAUGCUUCAAACCAGGACACGUCGUCGUUUCCUCGAAUACUUGGAUGCUUACCAAAACCAUGGCUAUACCAAGGAAAUCGAUCGAUUAGCCCACCUUGAAGGAGCCCUACACUGCCUGAAAUUGUCGCAAACAUUGAGUGCAGAGUUUGCAACAAUUCUUGAACAUUUAUUCACCGAAUUUGGAUUGCACGAAGUGGCCGGUGAAAUCCGGCUCGAAACAGCAAGAUGGCGCAGACAUUGCCUCACUGUGACCUGA